UUCAAAUUAAGUGGACACGAAUGGUGUGGAAAGAGAAGAUAUCAAAUGUUUAUGAAACCUCUGCCUAGUUGCUUUCUUUGGUAUGACUGCAAAACCUACACCAACACCACAUCGGACAAUUAAACGGAAUAAAUUCUACUCACAAAUCGGUGACUACUAAGGCCAGUGAUCUCAUGGACAGCAGCCCUCUAAGGAACAUUGGAAGAGGCAAACAUGGCAAAAUCAAGAAACCACGUGGGGGACUUCUUGGAAGAGUUCAGAGAGCAGAUCAUUGCGCAGGUGAGAUUAUCUGGGCCCAUAGUAGACGCUGUGAUCUCACAACAUCUUAUCCCAGAAGAGCUGGCACACAGCGUCCGUGCAGCCCAGACCACACAAGACCAGAUGAGGGCUCUGUUUGAAGCCGUAGAGAGAGAGACACCACAAACCAAACUUGCAUUCCAUCUGAUAUUGAGACGGAAAGAGCCUGAACUCAUGGACAAGCUAGAGCAGAGACAACGAAACAGUAAGAUGACACAGACAGGAUUGGAUCAAAGGUAUGGCGAUACCACAACAUUAGAGGAUAAGACCACACCAAAACUUGGCAUACAGACAAAAAAGGAAUCUCUUAAGAGACGAAGACAAGAAACAAUGCAAGCAAUUGAGGAGAUUGAAAAACUUUGGGAGGGGUCAAGAAGGGAGAGAAAUGAAACUAACUACAUGAAAGCAAAGAUUAAGCAACAACAAGAGGAAAUAGAAAGGCUAAUGGCUGAGAAACAAGAACAAAACACAAAGAUGGAGCUGAUGAGGAUGGAGAUCCAGAAUGUGAAUGAAAAACUGAAACAGAACAUGGAGGAAAUAAAUAUAGAGAAAGACAGAAUACGACAAAUGUGGGCUGAUGUCCAAACAGAGAAAGACAUUCUGGAGAGAAGACACAAUGAGAUCAUUAACGAGAGACAGAGUUUGGAAUUGAUCAAGUAUGAGACAUUGAGAGCAAAAGAGGAGAUGGAGCACUGCAAGGAAACAACAAAACAAGAGCAGGAGAAAAUGGAACAGAUUAAGGCUGACAUUCAGGGACAGAUCGAGGACAUGGAAAUAAGAAUUGCAGAAACCAAUCAAGUAAAAGAGAAAAUGGAAGCGAUGAAGGCCGAUGUACACAGGGAGCAAGGUCAGCUGGAGACAAAAAGAGAUGACAUUAAAAGACAAAAAGAACAGUUUGAGCAGAUUAAAUGUGAGAUAAACAAAGUAAAAGAAGAGAUGGAUCGAAGGUGGUAUGAAACGGAGAAAGAAGAGCUUGAGCAGAGAGUUAGGAUCCGGCAAGAGAAAGAGGAACUUGCCAACGUAAAAGCUGAGCUGCAGAGAGCUAAAGAGGAGGUUGAUCAAAACAGGGAGAAGACGAAGCAAGAGAAGGACCUGGUCAACAAAAUGAAAGCAGAGAUUCUUCUCGAAAAGGAUUCACUUGAGAAGGACAAACAAGAAACAUUACGAAAACAAAAGGAGUUGGAGCAGAUCAAGUAUGCGAUUCAAAUGGACAAAGAGGAGAUUGAGCAAAACAGAGAGGAAGCAAAGCGAGAGAAUGAUAAGCUGGAACAGAGGGAAGCUGAACUGCAGAGACAAGUGGAAACGAUUGAGAGAAACAUUGAGGAGACAAAGCAAGAAAAUGACAGAAUGGAAAACGUAAAAGCAGAGAUACAGAGAACGAAAGAAGCACUGGAGAAACAAAAAGAUGACACCAGGCGAGUGAAGGAGGAAAUGGAGAAAAGAAGGUAUGAGACUGUCAAGGAGGAGCUGGAGCAGAGAGCUGAAAUACAGAGACAGAGAGAAGAAGUGGAAAUGCUCAAGUCUGAAAUGCAGAAAGCCAAGGACGUUGAAAAAACAAGAGGAAACCGAGAGAGAGAGGAAGCCAAAAAGUGUAGUGAAGAAGUAAAGCGACAGAGAGAUGGGAUCAAACAAUUGAGAGCUGAAGUUCAGAAGGAAAAAGACAAUGUGGAGAGGAAAAAGCAAGAGACAAUGAGAGAGAGACAAGAAUUGGAGAGGAUUCAUUUUGAAACGCUGAGAAUGAAAGAGGAGAAUGAGCAAAGCAGGGAGAUCACAAGAAGAGAAAAGGAGCAAAUGGAGCAGAUGAAAGUUAAUAUACAGAGACAGAUAGAAGAUAUAGAAGAAAAAGUUACAGAGACAAAACAAGCAAAAGACAAAAUGGAAGAAAUGAAAGCAGAGAUACAGAGACAACGUGAAGAUUUGGAGAGUAGAAGGGAAAAGACAGAGAAAGAGCGAGAGCAUUAUGAAGAGGUUAAGUGUGAGAUAAUUCAAUUGAAAGAGGAAAUGGAAAGGAAAUGGUGUGAAACGGAGAAAGACGAGGUGGAACAGAGAGCAAGAGCGCAGCAAGAGACGGAAACACUUGAAAGGUUGAAGGAGGAAAAACAGAAAGUGCGAGAGGAAAUAGAAAGAAACAAGGUGGAAACGCAACGAGAAAGAGAGAACCUAGAAAAAAUGAAAGCCCGUGUGAAAGACGAGAAGAACACUGCAGAGAAAAUAUCAGAAGAGGCCAAAAUAAAGAAUGAGGACUUAACGGAAAUGGAGCGUAACCUUCAGGAAGAAAGGGAAGAGAUCGAGAGGAGCAAGCAAGUCACAAAGCAAGAGAAGGAAGAGAUCGUAGAGAUGAAGGCUGAACUCCAAAGACAGAUGACAGAAAUAGAGAACCGUGUGAAGGAGACAAACAGAGCAAAAUAUGAGGUGGAUCAGGCAAAGCUGGUCGUACAAAAAGUGGAGUCCCAGCUGAAAAAGCGAAGAGACGAGGCUGGAAGAGUAAAAGAUGAAAUUGAGAAACAGAGAUAUGAAGCAGUGAAAGAAGAGCUUGAGCAACGAGCUGAAAUCCAACGAGAAAGAGAAAUGUUGGAGAAAGUAAGAGACGAGAUACGGAGAGCCGAAGAAGACUCCGAAGAAACACAGCUUCAGAGCAAAAGAGGGGACUUACAAAAGAAGAUGGAUGAAACAAAGCAAGAGAGGGAGAUGCUUGAGCAAAUUAAAACAGAGGUUUUGUCAGAAAGGGCCAUGUUGAAAAGACAAAUCCAUGAAACCGCAAGAGAAAGAGAGGACUUGGAAUUGCUUCGGUGUGAGACCCUGAAUAAAAAGCAGGAGCUUGAGAAAAAGCAGGAGGAAGCUGUCAAGGAAGAGCUUGAACUGAGAGCUGAAAUGCAGAGAGACAGAGAGGAGAUAGAGAGAACCAAGAAGAAAAUAGAGAGGGAGUUAAAACAAGGCAGGGAUGCCACAAGUCUAGAGAGAGGCGAAGUGGAACGGAUGAAGGUUGAAGUACAGAACCAGCAUGAGGAAAUGACUAGAUCCAUUGAGAGGACAAGGCAAGCUAGAGACGUGAUGGAACAGAUGAAGGAUGAAAUUCAGAGAGAAAAACAACUUUUGGAGAGAAUAAGGGAAGAAACAAUAAGAGAGAAAGAACCCUAUGAAACGGUCAAGGAUGAGCUAAACAGAGUAAAAGAAGAGAUGGAAAAACUCUGGGACGAGGUACAGAGGGACGAGCAGGAAGAGAGAGCCAAGCUGCAUCGAGAAAAUGUGGAGCUGAAUAAGAGAAUGGAGGAAAUUAAGACAGAGAUUAACCAGAUAGAAACAAUUAAAUUUGACCUCGAGAGACAGAGAGAUGAGAUCGAAUCAAGGAUGGAGAAGACAAAGAGAGAGAUGGACAAGCUGGAACAAACAAAGGCUGAAAUACAAAGACAGAAAGAGGACAUUGAAAACAAGAUGACAGAAACAAAGAGUGAGAAAGAGGAGAUGGAAAGGAUCAAAUCUGAGAUACAGAAGCAGAAAGAGGAAAUUGAAAACAAAAUGCAACAAGCAGAGACGGAAAUGGAUGAGCUGAAAAGUGUGAGGGAAGAUAUUCAGAGGCAGAGACAAGAGGUCGAGAACAUGACGCAGAAGGCCAAGAGAGAGAUUGGAGAGAUGGAACUAGUGAAGGCUGAGAUGCAAAGGAAGAAAAAGGACCUUGAACAGAUGAUGAGAAAGACUAAGAGAAAAAAGGAAGAAAUGGAAAAGAUGAAGGAUGAAAUAGAGAGAGCGGAAGAAGAGAUGGAACAAAGAAGAGAAGAGACCAAAAGGGAGAGAGAUGCAAUUGAACAGGCGAAGGCUGAAAUAGAAAGAGCAAAAGAGGAACUGGAGAUUCGUCUGGAAGAGGGCUUUAGAGAUAUUGAUGAGAAGGAACAGAUGAACGCUGAGAUACAGAGAUUAAUCCAAGAGGUAGAGCGAACCAGAGAAAUGGUACGACAAACAAAAGUGGCAAUGGAAAACAGGAUGGAAGAAAGCAAUAUGGAGAUGGGUGACAAAGACAGAGUGAAUGCUGUAAUCCAGAGGUUGAUUCUAGAGGUGGAACAAACCAGAGAGGUGUUAAGAAGGGUGAAAGAAGAAAUGGAACUGAGCAAGGGGGAGUUAAAAGGGGAAAAGGACAAAAUCAGACUGAUGAAGACGGAGACGCAAAAAAGAAAAAAAGAGCUGGAGCAAAGGAUGGAGAAGAUCAUGCGAGAGAGGGAUGAGUUAGAACUGGUGAAGUCAAAGAUACAGAGACAACGGGAAGAGCUGAAACAGAAGAUGGAAGAUGGAAAGACUGAGAGUGAAAAGAUGGAACAGAUGAAAGAUGAAAUUGAGAAACAGAGAUAUGAACAACGAGCUGAAAUCCAAAGAGAAAGAGAAAUGUUGGAGAAAGUAAGAGACGAGAUACGGAGAGCCGAAGGCGAUUCCGAAGAAAUACUGUUUCAGAGCGAAAAAGGGGACUUACAAAAGAAGAUGGAUGAAACAAAGCAAGAGAGGGAGAUGCUUGAGCAAAUUAAAACAGAGGUUUUGUCAGAAAGGGCCAUGUUGAAAAGACAAAUCCAUGAAACCGCAAGAGAAAGAGAGGACUUGGAAUUGCUUCGGUGUGAGACCCUGAAUAAAAAGCAGGAGCUUGAGAAAAAGCAGGAGGAAGGUGUCAAGGAAGAGCUUGAACUGAGAGCUGAAAUGCAGAGAGACAGAGAGGAGAUAGAGAGAACCAAGAAGAAAAUAGAGAGGGAGUUAAAACAAGGCAGGGAUGCCACAAGUCUAGAGAGAGGCGAAGUGGAACGGAUGAAGGUUGAAGUACAGAACCAGCAUGAGGAAAUGACUAGAUCCAUUGAGAGGACAAGGCAAGCCAGAGACGUGAUGGAACAGAUGAAGGAUGAAAUUCAGAGAGAAAAACAACUUUUGGAGAGAAUAAGGGAAGAAACAAUAAGAGAGAAAGAACCCUAUGAAACGGUCAAGGAUGAGCUAAGCAGAGUAAAAGAAGAGAUGGAAAAACUCUGCGACGAGGUACAGAGAGACGAGCAGGAAGAGAGAGCCAAGCUGCAUCGAGAAAAUGUGGAGCUGAAUAAGAGAAUGGAGGAAAUUAAGACAGAGAUUAACCAGAUAGAAACAAUUAAAUUUGACCUCGAGAGACAGAGAGAUGAGAUCGAAUCAAGGAUGGAGAAGACAAAGAGAGAGAUGGACAAGCUGGAACAAACAAAGGCUGAAAUACAAAGACAGAAAGAGGACAUUGAAAACAAGAUGACAGAAACAAAGAGUGAGAAAGAGGAGAUGGAAAGGAUCAAAUCUGAGAUACAGAAGCAGAAAGAGGAAAUUGAAAACAAAAUGCAACAAGCAGAGACGGAAAUGGAUGAGCUGAAAAGUGUGAGGGAAGAUAUUCAGAGGCAGAGACAAGAGGUCGAGAACAUGACGCAGAAGGCCAAGAGAGAGAUUGGAGAGAUGGAACUAGUGAAGGCUGAGAUGCAAAGGAAGAAAAAGGACCUUGAACAGAUGAUGAGAAAGACUAAGAGAAAAAAGGAAGAAAUGGAAAAGAUGAAGGAUGAAAUAGAGAGAGCGGAAGAAGAGAUGGAACAAAGAAGAGAAGAGACCAAAAGGGAGAGAGAUGCAAUUGAACAGGCGAAGGCUGAAAUAGAAAGAGCAAAAGAGGAACUGGAGAUUCGUCUGGAAGAGGGCUUUAGAGAUAUUGAUGAGAAGGAACAGAUGAACGCUGAGAUACAGAGAUUAAUCCAAGAGGUAGAGCGAACCAGAGAAAUGGUACGACAAACAAAAGUGGCAAUGGAAAACAGGAUGGAAGAAAGCAAUAUGGAGAUGGGUGACAAAGACAGAGUGAAUGCUGUAAUCCAGAGGUUGAUUCUAGAGGUGGAACAAACCAGAGAGGUGUUAAGAAGGGUGAAAGAAGAAAUGGAACUGAGCAAGGGGGAGUUAAAAGGGGAAAAGGACAAAAUCAGACUGAUGAAGACGGAGGCACAAAAAAGAAAAAAAGAGCUGGAGCAAAGGAUGGAGAAGAUCAUGCGAGAGAGGGAUGAGUUAGAACUGGUGAAGUCAAAGAUACAGAGACAAUGGGAAGAGUUGAAACAGAAGAUGGAAGAUGGAAAGACUGAGAGUGAAAAGAUGGAACAGAUGAAAGAUGAAAUACAGAGAGCGGUUGCAGAGAUAGACCUGGCAAGGGAGGAGAUACAAAUGGAGAAAAGGAAGAUUAAAGAGGACAAUGCAAGGAAAGAGAAGGAUAUGAUGGAGUCUAUGAAAGCUGAGCUUGACAGACAGAAAGAGGGAAAAAACGGAAGGAAAAAAGAAAUGCCAAUGAUGAAGACCCCGGUCCAGAGGCCACAGGAUGAAACAGAGAAAACCUACCUUGGAGAUACGACAACUGAGAUACCAUUUGAGUCACAAGAGCUAAGAACCGCCAUUGAAAAAGAAAGAAGAGACCUGGAACGCAGAGAGAAAAUGAUUAUGAGAGAGAAGUAUGACCUGGAAAAGUCAAAAGCCGAGUUUGAGAAGGAAAAGGCGGAGAUGGAGAACAUGAUCACAAAACAACGAGAGGAGGGCAGACAAAUGAUUGAGGACAUAGAAAAGAAAAAAGAAAAUCUCGAGCAAAUGGAUGCAGAGAUGCAAAGAAAAAGACAGGUCAUCGUAAGGGAAAUGCAAUAUAAAACACAAAAGAUGCGGGAUUUAAAAAAAGCGAAAGAUAAAUUUAAACAAACGCAAGUUAAAUUUAGCAAAGAGAAAAUUGAAAUGGGAAACAUCAAAAAGGCUACUGUGGCAGAAAGAAAUAAACUAGCAGUAGAGCAAGCUUACAUAGAGAAACGUAAGGAGGAGAUGGAAGCCAUCCUGGAACUGACAAAGAAGGAGAAUGAAGAUCUGCUGAACGUAAAAGCUCAAAUAGAGGGAUGGAAAGAAGACAAAGACGAACAGGGUGAACACCUGAACAGGGAAAGAAAGGAACUUGAAUAUCUGAAAAGUAAGAUGCAAAAAGAGAAAGAGGAUACGAUAAGAAACAGGGACGUUUCGGAAAAAGAGAAAAAGGACUUGGAGCUGAUGAGAUCUGAAACGCAGAAAGAAAAGGGGGAGAUGGAACAAGAGAAGCUUAAGGUGCAAGUUGAGAGAGAAAAGCUUGAACAAAUGAAACUGGAGUUACAGAGAAAGUCCAACGACCUAGAUAUGAUCAUAGAAGACACAAAGAGGGAGAAAGUCAGUGCAUCACAAAUCCCUGUCCAAAUACAACAACAAAAGAACCAAAUUGAUUGUUUUGUGGAAGAGACAAAGAGGAGUAAAAUCGAAGAAGAAUUGAUGAGCGCUGAAAUAAAAAGACAGAAAGAGGAGAUAGACAGCAAACAAGACAUUCUAUCAAAGGAGAGAGAAGAUCUGAAUAAACUCAGAACAGAGGUAAACAAUCAGAGAGAAGAGAUUGAAAAUAUCACGCAAGAGCAAAUUAAAGAAACAUUUCUAAUUAAUCAGACAAAGACAGAGAUGGAAAAAGAGAGAUGUGAGAUGGACAGACAAAAGAAAAUGAUAGAGCAGAAUAUGGAUGAGAUAGAGCAGAGAAAGUGUGAGAUGAGAAAAGUAGAAAACAUAAUUAUCGAACUGAGAAAGGAAGAAGAGAGUAUAACGAAUGAGAUGAACAGGAUGAGAAAGAACACAGAGCAGAAAAGUUUUGAAAUGCAGAGACGUUCUGAAGACACGAAUCAGCUAAUGGAGGAGACAAGACGGGAGAGGGGGAAGGUUGAAGAACUGGCUAUCCAAACUCAAAAACAAAGAGAAGAAAUGGUGGGUUUUAUGGAAAAGAACAAACAAAAGAAGAACGAACUGGAACUCAUGAAUGACAAGAUUGAAAGAGAGAAACAAGACAUUGAAGAAAGGCGGGAUGUGCUAACAAAGGAGAGAGAGGAGCUGGAACAAAUGAGGAGUGAGAUACAGCAACAGAGAGAGGAGACAGAAUCUCACAUGGAAGACCAAAGGAAAGAGAAAGAACAUUUGGAACAAAUGACGACGGACAUGAAAAAACAGUUGCUAGAGGUGGACAAUGACAAGGAAAUGAUAGAAAGCUCAAUGGGUGAACUGAGAGUGAAAGAGGCAGAAAUGGUGAGAGAAAAAGACAACAUGGAUAACAAGAUGGCUCGGCUCAAAGAGGAGGAGGAUGGAAUGCGGGAAGAAAUAGGAAGGAAGAUGGACAUCUUAAAGCAGGAAAGUUGUGAAAUCAAAAGACUUAGAGAUGAAAUUGACAGUGAAAAGGACCAGCUGAAUGCAAAAUUGCUUGAGUUGGAAAAAAUGCGUGAAGAACUAGAUAGAGAGAAGAAGGAAGUGAAAGACAGGAAGGAUGAAACACUGAAAGAGAAAGAUCAGUUGGAAGAGAGGCGAUGUAAGAUAAGUAAGGAGGAAGAGGAAUUGGAUAUCAGUCUUGAACUGAUGAAAAGGCAAAGGGAAGACUUGACGAGCUUGAAGGCUGAAGCAGAAGCACAGACCGAGCCUAUGGAAAUAGACUGGAAGGAAAAGCUCACGAGGGAAAGACAACAACUUGAAGAUGUAAAGGAGGAGAUACAGAAGGAAAAAGAAGCCUUUGAGAGAAAGAAGGGAUUGACCAUGAAAGAAAGAGAUGAGUUUGAUCUGAUGAAGUCUGAAACACAGGGACAAUUGGAGGAAAUAGAACAAAACAAACAAGACAUUCGUGUGGAGAAGGAAAAGCUGGAUCAGAUCAAAGCUGAGUUAGAAAGACGGUCUGAAGACGUAAAUCAGGUCAUGGACGAGACAAGACGGGAGAGGGGGAAGGUUGAAGAACUGGCUAUCCAAACUCAAAAACAAAGAGAAGAAAUGGUGGGUUUUAUGGAAAAGAACAAACAAAAGCAGAACGAACUGGAACUCAUGAAUGACAAGAUUGAAAGAGAGAAACAAGACAUUGAAGAAAGGCGGGAUGUGCUAACAAAGGAGAGAGAGGAGCUGGAACAAAUGAGGAGUGAGAUACAGCAACAGAGAGAGGAGACAGAAUCUCACAUGGAAGACCAAAGGAAAGAGAAAGAACAUUUGGAACAAAUGACGACGGACAUGAAAAAACAGUUGCUUGAGGUGGACAAUGACAAGGAAAUGAUAGAAAGCUCAAUGGGUGAACUGAGAGUUAAAGAGGCAGAAAUGGUGAGAGAAAAAGACAACAUGGAUGACAAGAUGGCUAGGCUCAAAGAGGAAGAGGAUAGAAUGCGGGAAGAAAUAGGAAAGAAGAUGGACAUCUUAAAGCAGGAAAGUUGUGAAAUCAAAAGACUUAGAGAUGAAAUUGACAGUGAAAAGGACCAGCUGAAUGCAAAAUUGCUUGAGUUGGAAAAAAUGCGUGAAGAACUCGAUAGAGAGAAGAAGGAAGUGAAAGACAGGAAGGAUGAAACACUGAAAGAGAAAGAUCAGUUGGAAGAGAGGCGAUGUAAGAUAAGUAAGGAGAAAGAGGAAUUGGAUAUCAGUCUUGAACUGAUGAAAAGGCAAAGGGAAGACUUGACGAGCUUGAAGGCUGAAGCAGAAGCACAGACCGAGCCUAUGGAAAUAGACUGGAAGGAAAAGCUCACGAGGGAAAGACAACAACUUGAAGACGUAAAGGAGGAGAUACAGAAGGAAAAAGAAGCCUUUGAGAGAAAGAAGGGAUUGACCAUGAAAGAAAGAGAUGAGUUUGAUCUGAUGAAGUCUGAAACACAGGGACAAUUGGAGGAAAUAGAACAAAACAAACAAGACAUUCGUGUGGAGAAGGAAAAGCUGGAUCAGAUCAAAGCUGAGUUCGAAAGACGGUCUGAAGACGUAAAUCAGGUCAUGGACGAGACAAGACGGGAGAGGGGGAAGGUUGAAGAACUGGCUAUCCAAACUCAACAACAAAGAGAAGAAAUGGUGGGUUUUAUGGAAAAGAACAAACAAAAGCAGAACGAACUGGAACUCAUGAAUGACAAGAUUGAAAGAGAGAAACAAGACAUUGAAGAAAGGCGGGAUGUGCUAACAAAGGAGAGAGAGGAGCUGGAACAAAUGAGGAGUGAGAUACAGCAACAGAGAGAGGAGACAGAAUCUCACAUGGAAGACCAAAGGAAAGAGAAAGAACAUUUGGAACAAAUGACGACGGACAUGAAAAAACAGUUGCUAGAGGUGGACAAUGACAAGGAAAUGAUAGAAAGCUCAAUGGGUGAACUGAGAGUUAAAGAGGCAGAAAUGGUGAGAGAAAAAGACAACAUGGAUGACAAGAUGGCUAGGCUCAAAGAGGAAGAGGAUAGAAUGCGGGAAGAAAUAGGAAAGAAGAUGGACAUCUUAAAGCAGGAAAGUUGUGAAAUCAAAAGACUUAGAGAUGAAAUUGACAGUGAAAAGGACCAGCUGAAUGCAAAAUUGCUUGAGUUGGAAAAAAUGCGUGAAGAACUCGAUAGAGAGAAGAAGGAAGUGAAAGACAGGAAGGAUGAAACACUGAAAGAGAAAGAUCAGUUGGAAGAGAGGCGAUGUAAGAUAAGUAAGGAGAAAGAGGAAUUGGAUAUCAGUCUUGAACUGAUGAAAAGGCAAAGGGAAGACUUGACAAGCUUGAAGGCUGAAGCAGAAGCACAGACCGAGCCUAUGGAAAUAGACUGGAAGGAAAAGCUCACGAGGGAAAGACAACAACUUGAAGAUGUAAAGGAGGAGAUACAGAAGGAAAAAGAAGCCUUUGAGAGAAAGAAGGGAUUGACCAUGAAAGAAAGAGAUGAGUUUGAUCUGAUGAAGUCUGAAACACAGGGACAAUUGGAGGAAAUAAAACAAAACAAACAAGACAUUCGUGUGGAGAAGGAAAAGCUGGAUCAGAUCAAAGCUGAGUUCGAAAGACGGUCUGAAGACGUAAAUCAGGUCAUGGACGAGACAAGACGGGAGAGGGGGAAGGUUGAAGAACUGGCUAUCCAAACUCAAAAACAAAGAGAAGAAAUGGUGGGUUUUAUGGAAAAGAACAAACAAAAGCAGAACGAACUGGAACUCAUGAAUGACAAGAUUGAAAGAGAGAAACAAGACAUUGAAGAAAGGCGGGAUGUGCUAACAAAGGAGAGAGAGGAGCUGGAACAAAUGAGGAGUGAGAUACAGCAACAGAGAGAGGAGACAGAAUCUCACAUGGAAGACCAAAGGAAAGAGAAAGAACAUUUGGAACAAAUGACGACGGACAUGAAAAAACAGUUGCUAGAGGUGGACAAUGACAAGGAAAUGAUAGAAAGCUCAAUGGGUGAACUGAGAGUUAAAGAGGCAGAAAUGGUGAGAGAAAAAGACAACAUGGAUGACAAGAUGGCUAGGCUCAAAGAGGAAGAGGAUAGAAUGCGGGAAGAAAUAGGAAAGAAGAUGGACAUCUUAAAGCAGGAAAGUUGUGAAAUCAAAAGACUUAGAGAUGAAAUUGACAGUGAAAAGGACCAGCUGAAUGCAAAAUUGCUUGAGUUGGAAAAAAUGCGUGAAGAACUAGAUAGAGAGAAGAAGGAAGUGAAAGACAGGAAGGAUGAAACACUGAAAGAGAAAGAUCAGUUGGAAGAGAGGCGAUGUAAGAUAAGUAAGGAGAAAGAGGAAUUGGAUAUCAGUCUUGAACUGAUGAAAAGGCAAAGGGAAGACUUGACAAGCUUGAAGGCUGAAGCAGAAGCACAGACCGAGCCUAUGGAAAUAGACUGGAAGGAAAAGCUCACGAGGGAAAGACAACAACUUGAAGAUGUAAAGGAGGAGAUACAGAAGGAAAAAGAAGCCUUUGAGAGAAAGAAGGGAUUGACCAUGAAAGAAAGAGAUGAGUUUGAUCUGAUGAAGUCUGAAACACAGGGACAAUUGGAGGAAAUAGAACAAAACAAACAAGACAUUCGUGUGGAGAAGGAAAAGCUGGAUCAGAUCAAAGCUGAGUUCGAAAGACGGUCUGAAGACGUAAAUCAGGUCAUGGACGAGACAAGACGGGAGAGGGGGAAGGUUGAAGAACUGGCUAUCCAAACUCAAAAACAAAGAGAAGAAAUGGUGGGUUUUAUGGAAAAGAACAAACAAAAGCAGAACGAACUGGAACUCAUGAAUGACAAGAUUGAAAGAGAGAAACAAGACAUUGAAGAAAGGCGGGAUGUGCUAACAAAGGAGAGAGAGGAGCUGGAACAAAUGAGGAGUGAGAUACAGCAACAGAGAGAGGAGACAGAAUCUCACAUGGAAGACCAAAGGAAAGAGAAAGAACAUUUGGAACAAAUGACGACGGACAUGAAAAAACAGUUGCUAGAGGUGGAUAAUGACAAGGAAAUGAUAGAAAGCUCAAUGGGUGAACUGAGAGUGAAAGAGGCAGAAAUGGUGAGAGAAAAAGACAACAUGGAUAACAAGAUGGCUCGGCUCAAAGAGGAAGAGGAUGGAAUGCGGGAAGAAAUAGGAAGGAAGAUGGACAUCUUAAAGCAGGAAAGUUGUGAAGUCAAAAGACUUAGAGAUGAAAUUGACAGUGAAAAGGACCAGCUGAAUGCAAAAUUGCUUGAGUUGGAAAAAAUGCGUGAAGAACUAGAUAGAGAGAAGAAGGAAGUGAAAGACAGGAAGGAUGAAACACUGAAAGAGAAAGAUCAGUUGGAAGAGAGGCGAUGUAAGAUAAGUAAGGAGAAAGAGGAAUUGGAUAUCAGUCUUGAACUGAUGAAAAGACAAAGGGAAGACUUGACAAGCUUGAAGGCUGAAGCAGAAGCACAGACUGAGCCUAUGGAAAUAGACUGGAAGGAAAAGCUCACGAGGGAAAGACAACAACUUGAAGAUGUAAAGGAGGAGAUACAGAAGGAAAAAGAAGCCUUUGAGAGAAAGAAGGGAUUGACCAUGAAAGAAAGAGAUGAGUUUGAUCUGAUGAAGUCUGAAACACAGGGACAAUUGGAGGAAAUAGAACAAAACAAACAAGACAUUCGUGUGGAGAAGGAAAAGCUGGAUCAGAUCAAAGCUGAGUUCGAAAGACGGUCUGAAGACGUAAAUCAGGUCAUGGACGAGACAAGACGGGAGAGGGGGAAGGUUGAAGAACUGGCUAUCCAAACUCAAAAACAAAGAGAAGAAAUGGUGGGUUUUAUGGAAAAGAACAAACAAAAGCAGCACGAACUGGAACUCAUGAAUGACAAGAUUGAAAGAGAGAAACAAGACAUCGAAGAAAGGUGGGAUGUGCUAACAAAGGAGAGAGAGGAGCUGGAACAAAUGAGGAGUGAGAUACAGCAACAGAGAGAGGAGACAGAAUCUCACAUGGAAGACCAAAGGAAAGAGAAAGAACAUUUGGAACAAAUGACGACGGACAUGAAAAAACAGUUGCUAGAGGUGGAUAAUGACAAGGAAAUGAUAGAAAGCUCAAUGGGUGAACUGAGAGUGAAAGAGGCAGAAAUGGUGAGAGAAAAAGACAACAUGGAUAACAAGAUGGCUCGGCUCAAAGAGGAAGAGGAUGGAAUGCGGGAAGAAAUAGGAAGGAAGAUGGACAUCUUAAAGCAGGAAAGUUGUGAAAUCAAAAGACUUAGAGAUGAAAUUGACGGUGAAAAGGACCAGCUGAAUGCAAAAUUGCUUGAGUUGGAAAAAAUGCGUGAAGAACUAGAUAGAGAGAAGAAGGAAGUGAAAGACAGGAAGGAUGAAACACUGAAAGAGAAAGAUCAGUUGGAAGAGAGGCGAUGUAAGAUAAGUAAGGAGAAAGAGGAAUUGGAUAUCAGUCUUGAACUGAUGAAAAGACAAAGGGAAGACUUGACAAGCUUGAAGGCUGAAGCAGAAGCACAGACUGAGCCUAUGGAAAUAGACUGGAAGGAAAAGCUCACGAGGGAAAGACAACAACUUGAAGAUGUAAAGGAGGAGAUACAGAAGGAAAAAGAAGCCUUUGAGAGAAAGAAGGGAUUGACCAUGAAAGAAAGAGAUGAGUUUGAUCUGAUGAAGUCUGAAACACAGGGACAAUUGGAGGAAAUAGAACAAAACAAACAAGACAUUCGUGUGGAGAAGGAAAAGCUGGAUCAGAUCAAAGCUGAGUUCGAAAGACGGUCUGAAGACGUAAAUCAGGUCAUGGACGAGACAAGACGGGAGAGGGGGAAGGUUGAAGAACUGGCUAUCCAAACUCAAAAACAAAGAGAAGAAAUGGUGGGUUUUAUGGAAAAGAACAAACAAAAGCAGCACGAACUGGAACUCAUGAAUGACAAGAUUGAAAGAGAGAAACAAGACAUCGAAGAAAGGUGGGAUGUGCUAACAAAGGAGAGAGAGGAGCUGGAACAAAUGAGGAGUGAGAUACAGCAACAGAGAGAGGAGACAGAAUCUCACAUGGAAGACCAAAGGAAAGAGAAAGAACAUUUGGAACAAAUGACGACGGACAUGAAAAAACAGUUGCUAGAGGUGGACAAUGACAAGGAAAUGAUAGAAAGCUCAAUGGGUGAACUGAGAGUGAAAGAGGCAGAAAUGGUGAGGGAAAAAGACAACAUGGAUGACAAGAUGGCUAGGCUCAAAGAGGAAGAGGAUAGAAUGCGGGAAGAAAUAGGAAAGAAGAUGGACAUCUUAAAGCAGGAAAGUUGUGAAAUCAAAAGACUUAGAGAUGAAAUUGACAGUGAAAAGGACCAGCUGAAUGCAAAAUUGCUUGAAUUGGAAAAAAUGCGUGAAGAACUCGAUAGAGAGAAGAAGGAAGUGAAAGACAGGAAGGAUGAAACACUGAAAGAGAAAGAUCAGUUGGAAGAGAGGCGAUGUAAGAUAAGUAAGGAGAAAGAGGAAUUGGAUAUCAGUCUUGAACUGAUGAAAAGACAAAGGGAAGACUUGACAAGCUUGAAGGCUGAAGCAGAAGCACAGACUGAGCCUAUGGAAAUAGACUGGAAGGAAAAGCUCACGAGGGAAAGACAACAACUUGAAGAUGUAAAGGAGGAGAUACAGAAGGAAAAAGAAGCCUUUGAGAGAAAGAAGGGAUUGACCAUGAAAGAAAGAGAUGAGUUUGAUCUGAUGAAGUCUGAAACACAGGGACAAUUGGAGGAAAUAGAACAAAACAAACAAGACAUUCGUGUGGAGAAGGAAAAGCUGGAUCAGAUCAAAGCUGAGUUCGAAAGACGGUCUGAAGACGUAAAUCAGGUCAUGGACGAGACAAGACUGGAGAGGGGGAAGGUUGAAGAACUGGCUAUCCAAACUCAAAAACAAAGAGAAGAAAUGGUGGGUUUUAUGGAAAAGAACAAACAAAAGAAGAAUGAACUGGAACUCAUGAAUGACAAGAUUGAAAGAGAGAAACAAGACAUUGAAGAAAGGCGGGAUGUGCUAACAAAGGAGAGAGAGGAGCUGGAACAAAUGAGGAGUGAGAUACAGCAACAGAGAGAGGAGACAGAAUCUCACAUGGAAGACCAAAGGAAAGAGAAAGAACAUUUGGAACAAAUGACGACGGACAUGAAAAAACAGUUGCUAGAGGUGGAUAAUGACAAGGAAAUGAUAGAAAGCUCAAUGGGUGAACUGAGAGUGAAAGAGGCAGAAAUGGUGAGAGAAAAAGACAACAUGGAUAACAAGAUGGCUAGGCUCAAAGAGGAAGAGGAUAGAAUGCGGGAAGAAAUAGGAAAGAAGAUGGACAUCUUAAAGCAGGAAAGUUGUGAAGUCAAAAGACUUAGAGAUGAAAUUGACAGUGAAAAGGACCAGCUGAAUGCAAAAUUGCUUGAGUUGGAAAAAAUGCGUGAAGAACUAGAUAGAGAGAAGAAGGAAGUGAAAGACAGGAAGGAUGAAACACUGAAAGAGAAAGAUCAGUUGGAAGAGAGGCGAUGUAAGAUAAGUAAGGAGAAAGAGGAAUUGGAUAUCAGUCUUGAACUGAUGAAAAGGCAAAGGGAAGACUUGACGAGCUUGAAGGCUGAAGCAGAAGCACAGACCGAGCCUAUGGAAAUAGACUGGAAGGAAAAGCUCACGAGGGAAAGACAACAACUUGAAGAUGUAAAGGAGGAGAUACAGAAGGAAAAAGAAGCCUUUGAGAGAAAGAAGGGAUUGACCAUGAAAGAAAGAGAUGAGUUUGAUCUGAUGAAGUCUGAAACACAGGGACAAUUGGAGGAAAUAGAACAAAACAAACAAGACAUUCGUGUGGAGAAGGAAAAGCUGGAUCAGAUCAAAGCUGAGUUCGAAAGACGGUCUGAAGACGUAAAUCAGGUCAUGGACGAGACAAGACUGGAGAGGGGGAAGGUUGAAGAACUGGCUAUCCAAACUCAAAAACAAAGAGAAGAAAUGGUGGGUUUUAUGGAAAAGAACAAACAAAAGCAGAACGAACUGGAACUCAUGAAUGACAAGAUUGAAAGAGAGAAACAAGACAUCGAAGAAAGGCGGGAUGUGCUAACAAAGGAGAGAGAGGAGCUGGAACAAAUGAGGAGUGAGAUACAGCAACAGAGAGAGGAGACAGAAUCCCACAUGGAAGACCAAAGGAAAGAGAAAGAACUUUUGGAACAAAUGACGACGGACAUGAAAAAACAGUUGCUAGAGGUGGAUAAUGACAAGGAAAUGAUAGAAAGCUCAAUGGGUGAACUGAGAGUGAAAGAGGCAGAAAUGGUGAGAGAAAAAGACAACAUGGAUAACAAGAUGGCUAGGCUCAAAGAGGAAGAGGAUGGAAUGCGGGAAGAAAUAGGAAGGAAGAUGGACAUCUUAAAGCAGGAAAGUUGUGAAAUCAAAAGACUUAGAGAUGAAAUUGACAGUGAAAAGGACCAGCUGAAUGCAAAAUUGCUUGAGUUGGAAAAAAUGCGUGAAGAACUAGAUAGAGAGAAGAAGGAAGUGAACAACAGGAAGGAUGAAACACUGAAAGAGAAAGAUCAGUUGGAAGAGAGGCGAGGUAAGAUAAUUAAGGAGAAAGAGGAAUUGGAUAUCAGUCUUGAACUGAUGAAAAGACAAAGGGAAGACUUGACGAGCUUGAAGGCUGAAGAAGAAGCACAGACCGAGCCUAUGGAAAUAGACUGGAAGGAAAAGCUCACGAGGGAAAGACAACUACUUGAAGAUGUAAAGGAGGAGAUACAGAAGGAAAAAGAAGCCUUUGAGAGAAAGAAGGGAUUGACCAUGAAAGAAAGAGAUGAGUUUGAUCUGCUGAAGUCUGAAACCCAGGGACAAUUGGAGGAAAUAGAACAAAUCCAGAAAGAAAGGGAGGAAAUGAAAAGUGUUAUUGAAGAUAUCAAGAGAGCAAAAGCUAAUCAGGAAGUGUUGGAAUCUGAGAUUGUGACAAAGAAAAGAGAAACAGAUAAUAUCAUGGAAAUUAUCUCAAAAGAAAAAGACAACAUGGACAAAAUUAAGAUUGAAAUGGAAAGAGAGAGGGACGAAUUUGAGAUCACCAAGUGCAAGAUGGUGACGGAGAUGGAUGAGCUGGGACAGAGAAAAGCUGAGAUCGAGAAUGAUAAAUAUGAAGCAGAAAUGUUGAUGGCUGAACUGAAAGAGGAAGAGCAAAGAAUGAAGGAAGUCAUUCGCAAGAUGAAAGACAGUCUCGAGCAGAUCAAAGCUGAAAUACAACCACAGAGUGAAGACAUUGGAAGCAAGAUGGAGGAGCUGAAUGUCCAAAAGGCUGAGAUGGAAAGUGCUAUGACAGAUAUCGACAGACAAAAAAAGGACAUGCAAAACCAAAGACAGCAAUUUGAACAAGACAAACAAAAGAUGAUCAAGGAAAAGGAUGAUCUGGAAAGGAUCAAGAUGGAGAUAGAAACACGAUCAGCACAUCUAGAAAACCUUUUGGAGAAAACAAAGAGGGAGAAAGAAGAUGCUGAGAUAAUGACUAUUCAAGUCCAGAAGGAAAGGAAGGAAAUUGAAAGUGUUGUCGAGGAGAACAACAAACGGACAGAGAAACUGGAAUUCAUGAAAACUGAGGUGGAUAAAGAGAAACGAGAAACAGAAAACAUCAAGGACAUGGUAACAAAGGAGAAGAUUGAAUUGGAACAGAUCAGGAUGGAGUUAGAGGCACGAUCUGAACAUCUAGACAACAUCAUGGAUGAGACAACGAGGGAGAAAGAGAAUGUUGGUGAUAUAAUAGUCCAAAUGCAGAAAGAAAAAGAGGACAUUGAAAACUUGAUAGUCAACAACAACAGACAGAGAGAGGAACUGGAAUUGAUGAAAGCUGAACUAGAGGACGAGAGAUCAGAGACUGAAAAUGUCAAGGAUGUGCUAUCAAAGCAAAAGAAUGAUCUUGAACAAAUGAAGAUUGAGAUGAAGAGAGAGAGAGAAGAAAUGGAUAACACCAAGGACAAUAUUGCAGUUGAUAUGAAUGAGCUGGAACAGAGAAAAGUUGAGAUGGAGGAUCGAAAAUAUGAAGCAGAAAAUUGGGUGGCUGAACUAAAAGAGGAAGGGCAACGAGUGAAGGAGGAAAUCUGCAAGAUGACGGAGAACCUGCAACAGAUCCACACAGGAAUACAACCACAGAGAGAAGACAUUGAAAGCAAGAUGGAGGAGCUGAAUGUAAAGCAGGCUGAGAUGAAUAAGGCUACGACAGAUAUCGACAGACAUAGAGAGGAAAUGCAAAAUCAAAGGGAAGGAAUACAACAAGACAAACAAAAGAUGCAAGAUGAAAAGGAUGAACUGGAACAGAUCAAGAUGGAGUUGCAAACACGAUCAGAUUUCCUGGAAAACCUCAUUGAGGAGACAAUGGGGAAGAAGGAGAACAUUGAAAGUAUGGCUUUCCAGAUUCAGAAGGAAAGGGAGGAAGUUGAAAGUAUUGUUGAGGAUAUCAAGACAAGGAAAGCUGAUCUGGAAUUGAUGAAAGCAACGGCUGAAGUAGAGAAGCAAGAAACAGAAAACAUCAAGGAAAUGGUCUCCAGGGAAAAAGACAAACUAGAACAAAUGACGAUUGAGAUUGAAAGAGAGAAGGAAGAAAUUGAUAUCACCAAGGGCAAAAUUGAACUGGAUAUGGAUGAGCUGGAAAGUAGAAAGGCUGAGGUAGAGAAUGGAAAACAUCAAUCUGAAAAACGGAUUGCUGAAUUGAAGGAGGAACACCAAAGAAUGAGGGAGGAUAUCGGGAAGAUGAAAGAAAACCUAGACACUGAAAUACAGCUGAAGAGAGAUUAUAUUGAAAGCAAAAUGGAAGAGUUGGAUGUCAAAAAGAGAGAGCUGGAAAACAUGUGGACCGAUGUUUACAGAGAAAAGGAGGAACUACAAAACCAGAGAAAGGAAAUAGAAGAAGACAAACAAAAUAUACUAGAUGAAAAGGGUGGGCUGGAACACAUCAAGGCUGAUUUACAGAUGAAGAGCAAAAAGGAGAAUGUCCAAUUCCAGAUGGAAAAGGAGGAAAUUCAAAGUGUCAUGGUAGAACCCGCGAUAAGAAGACAAGUACUGGAAUUGACAAAAGUGGAGGUAGAGAAGGAAGAAACAGAGAACAUCAAGGACAUUGCAUUAAAGGAUCAGAAACAUCUGGAACAAAUGAAGAUUGAGAUGGAAAGAGAAAGAGAAGAAAUUGAUAAUACCAAGAUCAAGAUAGCGAUCGAUAUGGAAAGGCUGGAAGCGACAAAGGUUGUAAUAGAGAGACAACUGAAAGAAGAACAACGACAAAUGAGGGAGGAUAUCGCGAAGAUGAAGGACAACCAAGAGCAGAUCAAUGCUGAAAUACAAUUACAGCGAGAGGACAUUGCAGCCCAAAUGGCUGAGUUAAAUGUCAAAAAAGCAGAGUUGGAAAACAUUCAAGCUGAUCUAGACAGACAGAAAGUAGAACAUGAUGACAUGAGAAAAUACAUAUUUGUGGGAAAGAAUCAACUGGACGAGAGGAAUGCUGCCUUGCAAAAACAAAGGGAGGAGAUGGAUAAAAUCAUGGAACCAACAGCUGUGAUAAAGGCUGAAGUACAAACACAGACAGAGCCCAUGGAAGACAGCUUGGAGGAACAGCUCAAAGGGGACAUGGAAGAAGUUGAAGGUCAUGACAUAGACAAAGAGAAAGAGGACCUGGGACAAACCAACAGGCUGGCAAUGAUAGAGAGGGAUGAGUUGGAAUCCAUGAAGUCUGAAAUAGGAAAACAAAGACAGGAAAUAGAGGAGAACAAUCAAAAGAUACAGGAUGAGAAGGCUGAGAUUGAAAAGAUCAAGAAUGAUUUACAGAAACGGUCAGAGAAUCUAGACAACCUCGUGGAAGAGACAAAGAGGGAAAAGGAGAAUGUUAAGGACAGGGCUGCUCAAAUCCAGAAGGGCCAGGAGGGAAUUGAACAUGUUAUUGAGGAUACCAAGACAAAGAGCCCUGAACUGGAAAUGUUGAAAGCUGAGAUAAAGACAGAGAAACAAGAAACAUUCAACCUGAAGGACAUGACAUCAAAGGAGAAACGUGACUUGGAACAAAUUAAGGUGAAAAUGGAGAAAGAAAUACAAGAACUGGAGAACACCAAGGACACGGCAGAAAUUGAUAUUAGUCAGCUGGAACAAAGAAGGGUUCAGUUAGAAGGAGAAGAAGAUGGAAUGAAAAAUCUGAUGGCUUCACUGAAAGAGGAAGAGCAGAGUAUGAAAGAGAAUAUUGGGAAGAUGAAAGAAAAUUUAGAGCAUAUUAAUGCUGAAAUACAAGUACAGAGAGAUGACGUUGCAACACAAAUGGAAGAGUUAAAUGUCAAGAAAGAAGAGCUGGAAAACAUUCAAAUGGACAUCGACAGACAAAUAGAACAGAUGGGCAAAACACAAAAUGCUAUGAUCGUGGAAAAGAAUGAACUGGAAGAGAAGCUUGCUGGCGUGCAAAAACAAACGGAGGAGGGGGAAGCCAUCAUUGAAAUGACAAAGAGGGAGAGGGAGGAUGUGGCGAGGAUAAAGGCUGAAACAGAGGAACAGAAAGAUCAAAUGGAAGACAACCUGGUGGAAACUCUGAAACACGACAGAGAGGAACUUGAACGCCUGAAAGAAACAGAAAGAAAGGAGGAAACUAAGGGCAUUAAAGAGAAGACAGGGAGGGAGACGGAGGGGUUCGAACGGGUUAACAUAGAGUCCCAGAGAGUGCUGCAAGAUCUGGAGAACGUUGUGGAGGAAACCAUGGAGAACGAGGGUGCAGAGGAAAUGGCUAUCCAAAUACAAAAGCAAAUGGAGGACAAUGUGAGAAUCAUUGAGGAGAUGGGGCAAGAGAAGGCGUAUUUAGAGCUGAUGAACGUUAAGAUGCAAAGUGAGAGAGAAGAACUAGACUCUAACAAGGCCAUGAUUGAAAGGGAGAAGGAUGACCUGCAACAAAUGAAGUCUAUGAUUACACGGCAGAGAUGCGAAAUUGAACAAAUUACCGCCGUCUUAAGGGACGAGAGGGACACUCUUGAGCAAUUUAAGACUGAUAUGGAAAGACAGCGACAAGAGAUGAUGAACAAUAUGGACUUGGUGGAAAGAGAGAGAGAUGAACUGGGAAAGACGAGGUCGGAGAUGGAUGAGUUGGAACACAUGGCAGCUGAAACAGAAAGACCGAAGGAGAAGAUGGACAAAAGAAAGGGUGCAACAAUGAUGGAGACGCCUCCGCUGGAGGAAAGAGAAGGCAGCGUUCAGAAACAGAGUGUUGAAGUUCUCUUCAUCUCAGAUACAACACAGACAGAAAAAAUAAAGGAUGCACCCGAACAAAGCGCGGUGGAGACACUUCAGACACAGGGCGAAACGAUGGACUCGGUCAAGAAGGACAGAGAUGAUCUCGAACAAAUGAGAGCAACAGAUGAAAGGCUCCCAAAGAGAGAUCAUUUGGAGAAAAUCCGUCAGGAGGCUCAGGCAGAAAAGGAGGAGAUUGAGAAGAUUAAGCACAGAGUUCAUGAGAUGAAAGAACAUCUAGAGGGAAGACUAGCAGUGAUUCAGAGACACGAGUUGGUACAGAGAACAAGGAUACAAAGAGAGAAAGAAGAGCUAAAGACGAUGAAGGAAGAGUUGGAGAGAGACAGCCAAGCUCGGCAAACAGAGUGGGACAGAGGCAGGAGGAAACUUCAGGAGAAGGACCAGGAGCUUGAGAUGCUAAAAGUGGAGAUGUUCAGAGAGAUCGAAAGACUGCAGGUUCAUAUGGAAAAAGAGAUGGAGACACUGGAGACAAGUGACAAAGGUGUCCAAACCUCAGACGUGGUAUUAACCAUAGAAGAAGAGAGAAUGUGGUUGAUGGAGGACUCAACGACAGAGGAGUACAGUAUGCUGGCAGAAAUAAGUCAAGAAACAGAGCAAACCACAGUGGAUAUGACAUUCGCCAGUUCAUCACUGGAGCUCCAGGGUCAAUCAGAGGAGCACACAGUGAUAGAGGAUGCUCAGAUGAGCGUAGUAAGAGCAGAGGCUUCUCCAUUCAGCAGGUUGCUACGGUGGCUUUGGCGCUACUGCUGUGGCUGCUGCCGCUGUUGUGACUGCUGCGGAAGGGAGUGUGAAGAGGAAGAGGAGGAGAACAUAGUAUAGUCCCAACUAUAUCAGUGGGGCUUAAAAUAAAUACAUUUGCUAUGUAAAGGCUGUGUGGGAAAAAAAUCUGGUUCAGUAAUAUGAAUUGUGAAAAAAAACCAUCAGUUAUCAUUCAUUCAGUUACAUCACGUAUGAUCUCUAUUCUACGAUGCCCAAGUGAUAAGAAAUCAUGUCGAGAUGAUGAUAUGCAACAACCUGAUUUAUAUGCCGUGUUGUAAAGGGUUGUGCAGUAUUGCAGUGCUAUGUAUUUACAAUGAUGGUGAACUAAGUUUGCACUGAAUAUUAGAUCUAGAGAGAGCAACAUGUACCUUUAUUUAUUUGUUAUAUUUAUCAUGAAAUAUGUAUUUAUUAUAUCUCUUUACAGCUUUUGUUAAAGGUGCACUGGAUACUGAAUGGACUCUUAUCAAGAUUUGUCAAAACAAAUUAUUUCUAUUACUUUUAGUUUUCUUAUUUUUAUACACACAGAAUUUGCAGUAAAACAAAGCGCUAUUCUAUCAUUUUCUCAGGGACAGCUGUUGUUCUUUAAGCCAGUAUUUUGUAAGUGUAAAAGCCUUGUAAAUGAAUUUAUAAGCGUGUCAUUCUAAUGUAUUAAAUUUGGUUAUUUCUGCA